CCAGGUUACCCAAGGAAUGCAAAAUUUGCCUGGAAAAGCCAAGUGAUUUUUGCCAUUAGGUAACUAGGAUUGGUCCCCAGCUGGGAUCUGUGUCCUGGAGCUCAAAGAGCUGGAGCAGUUGCUCCUCCUGGUGAGAAGCCAGCAUUGCUGCAAGCCGUGAGUGGGUGGGACACGCUAUAAGGAAAUAUUAGAGAGCUGAGCAGACAGUGCAAGCUGGAGCAUAGAGAGAAGCAGCAACAUGGGAGAACUUUGUGUCCACUCUGUUCUGGUGACUGGGGCCAACCGGGGCCUCGGCCUGGGGUUUGUGCAGCAUUUCCUGAGGAUGCCAAAGCCACCCCAGUGGAUCUUUGCGACGUGUCGGGACCCUAAGGGACAGAGAGCGCAGGAGCUAAAGGAUUUGGCCUCCAAACAUCCCAACCUGGUCAUCAUUGCUCUUGAAGUCACCAACCCCGCCAGCAUCAAGGCAGCUGCAGCCAAGGUUGCAGAGCACCUGGGGGGCUCUGGGCUGAACCUCCUCAUCAACAACGCUGGAAUGGUCAAGCCUAAGACACUUGAUUCUGAGACAUUGGAGGACAUGACCGAGACUUACACCACCAACACGGCUGGACCCCUGCUGAUGGGCCAGGCGUUCCUGCCCUUGCUGAAGAAGGCUGUUCAGGGGAGCCCGGGCUCAGGGCUGAGCUGCAGCAAGGCUGCCAUCAUCAACAUUUCCAGCAUUGGUGGCUCCAUUGCUUCUUCCUUCGGUUGGGACAUGAUGCAAAUCACCUCGUACCGCUGCAGCAAGGCUGCUCUGAACAUGCUGAGCAAGUGCCAGUCCCUGGCGUACCGGGAGCACGGCGUCCUCUGCGUCGCUCUCCACCCCGGCUGGGUGCAAACCGAGUUGGGCAGCGCUGCCGGACACACGCCCCCCGUGACAGUGGAUGACAGCGUGCAAGGGAUGCUGAAGGUCCUCUCCUCCCUCUCUGAGAAGGAGACCGGCACCUUCCUGGACUGGGAAGGGAAUGUCAUACCCUGGUGAGACACCAGUUCAGGAUCCUGGCAGCAGGACUCUGUGCCACUGCUCCCCCCUGUCCCACAUCCUCAAUAAACUCCUGCUGAGAACCACCA